AUGGCCGGAUACUUCCUCUUCGGCUUCGGAGCAACGCUUUUGAACACGGUUGCCGUUCUAGCGGCAGUGCGCGCUGCACCGCCGAAACAGUCUGCAAAGGUCUCUGCAGGUGUGCUUUGCUCGCUUGCCAUUGGAAUGAGCAUCCACACUGCGGUGCAUGCACAGUGGUUCCGUGGAGCGCCGUUCGACUUUUUGGCUUACCAGAUUGCCUACAGCCUGGUGAGUGGCAUGCUAGGAUUCUUGGUCUUUCGUUCUUCGGCCUGGAAGUCCGUGAUUGAAUCUGCAGAAGAGGAAAGUGGUGCGGCCUCCUCAGCUGGAGCUGAGCCCAAGUCGCCCAAAUCGGCGGCAGUCAGGAUUUGGAACAUAAUGUCAGCGAAGGAGUUUCCCUGGCUCGCAGCACUACACCUGAUACCAAUCGCCUAUUCCUUCGCUUGGCUUGGAAAUUGGUCGGUUUGCGCCGAGCGCCUCCUGAUCCCCGAGGAGGAUCGAACGCGCAUCGGCCUUGGUUUGGGUCUUUUCUCUGCGGCUGGACGAAUUUUGUUCGGCCUCGUUGGCGAUUGGGCUCCCGGGGGGCGAGGGCGCAUCGGACUCGAGCUCGGCUUCGUUGGUAGCAUUGGUUUGUUCCAGCUGGCAUUCUUGCUGCUGGAACAUGAUCAACGGUCCUUCUUCGAGCUGGCCAUGCAGCUCCAGUGCUUGGGCUACGGUGGCCUCCUGUGUUUGGCACCGGUGGCACUUCGAGCGGGCUUUCCUGUUCAGGAUUUGGGAACCAGCUUCGGGCUGCUUUACCAACUCUUGGCGGUGACUUUCACUGUCUUCAACUGGGCUGCGGUACCGAACACUGGAUGCGUGGGAAGCGAGUGCUUCCAGAGCUUCUUCAGCGUGGCCUCCAUACUGCAUGCAGGCUGUUUGAUUUGGGCACUGACACGGCUGGCUCGCGCCUCUCAGAAGAUUGCGUCAACGUCCUUGCGGGCCAGAAAACUCUGA